AUGGCUGCUGAUCGCCAGACUAUUAUGGAAGUGAACCGGUCGCUUCGCAACAUCAAGAAUGAACUCGAGAACCUCCUGGAGCGAGGCGUGAUUGACGAUUCCGUCUACGAUACCAUCAGCACUGCUCUCCCUGACGAGUCCCCCCUCUCUGGCCCUCUUCGAACCGCCACCGGCAACAAGAACAACAACACCGCUGCCAAGGCCGCAUCUACCGCCCCAAGCGCCCACGUACCUCCCACCAAGGCCUUCGAGGACCUCAAAGUCAAGUCAACCUCAGCCUCACCCGCGCCGCCAGCCUACGACCAGACCCCUCCUCCCGGUCUCCCCACACGCAACGUGAAGCCCACGGUCGCCCACGCCCGCGCCCUCUACCGCUACGCCGCCUCCGACGGCCGUGAUCUUUCCUUCGAGAAGGACGACCGCAUCGCCGUGUACGAAUACAUGAACCAGGAUUGGUGGAUGGGCCGCAACGAGCGCACGGCCCAGGAGGGUAUCUUCCCGCGCAACUACGUGCUUGUUGACCAAGAGACCAAGAAGCCCGUUGCGCCCAUCCCACAGCCGCAGUAUGGAUACCCCCAAGGCCCGCCUCCCCAGCAGAACCCCUAUAACGCGCAUGUGCCGCCCAUGGCUGUCGCCGAGGGCUCAGGACAGCCGGGACAAGAGGGCGAAGGCAAGGACAACAAGGUGAACGAGUACGGCAAGAAGUUUGGUAAGAAGCUUGGUAACGCUGCUAUCUUUGGUGCCGGUGCCACCAUCGGAGGAAACAUUGUCAACAGUAUCUUUUAG